GUUAUAUUCGUUGAUGCAGACCAAAUUGUGCAUGCAAACAUGGGAGAACUUUAUGACAUGAAUUUAGGUGGACGGCCGCUUGCGUAUACUUCAUUCUGUGACAAUAACAAAGAUAUGGAUGGCUAUCGCUUCUGGAACCAAGGAUUUUGGAAGGAUCAUUUGCGAGGAAAACCAUAUCAUAUUAGUGCUUUAUAUGUGGUUGAUCUUGUCAAAUUUCGGGAAACAGCAGCUGGAGACCAAUUGAGAGUAGUUUACGAAACUCUAAGCAAAGAUCCAAAUAGUCUUUCUAAUCUUGAUCAGGAUCUUCCAAACUAUGCUCAACACAUGGUGCCCAUAUUUUCCCUUCCACAAGAGUGGCUAUGGUGCGAGUCUUGGUGUGGUAAUGCCACCAAAUCCAAGGCAAAAACCAUUUACCUUUGCAACAAUCCCAUGGCAAAAGAGCCCAAGCUUCAGGUUCCUCAAAUGGAGUCUGAUGUCUUGAAUUACCUCUAUUCGAAAUGA